CCUCCGCAUUCCUUCACCUGAGGCGGACCCGGCGGACCCUGCGUCCCCUGGCAUGAGCCGGCGACCCUGCAGCUGCAUCGCACAGGCCCCCGUCGGCUCCUGCUCCUGCCGGUGCAGCUCCAGCUCGGUCACCGCCGCCGGGCGCCUUCGCCCCUCAGAGAAUUGUAAAGACGAAAGUUCCACAAGUUGCAUCAAAAUGAAGUGUGGUUUUAAUUGCAGUCCAGCUCAUUCUGAAUGUAAACUGGCAAAAUCUGAUGACAGUGGAAAGCAAGAUUCCUAUACAUCGCCCUAUCUGGAAGGUUCUUGUAAAGAUUCUAUUAAAGACUAUGAAAGGUUAUCAUACAUUGGGUCACCAGUUGUGAGCCCCAAAGUUGUAGAAUUUGAACCUAAAGGCAAACCUCUAUAUAACAAAGAAAAUCAACAUGUGCAACAAACACUUAACAGUUUGAGUGAUGUGGAAGAACUAGAGGCCAGUAGACUCUAUGAAGACAGUGGCUACUCUUCGUUUACUCAACAAAGCAGUCUCAGCGAACAUGAAGAAGGUAGCCUUGUGCUGGAAGAAAACUUCGGACACAGCCCGCAGUCCUGCCUACUGCCCACAGAAAGCUCAGACUCUUACCCCAACAGAAACUUGCUGCCAGUUCUUCAUUUUGAAAAAGUGGUUUGUUCAACAUUAAAAAAGAAUGCCAAGCGAAAUCCUAAAGUAGACCGAGAAAUGCUAAAGGAAGUUAUAUUCCGGGAAAACUUCAAGCUACAGAAUGUAAUUGGCAGAAAAAUGGGACUAGAGUGUGUAGAUAUUCUCAGUGAACUCUUCCGAAGGGGACUCCGACACCUCCUAGCCAGUAUUUUGACACAGCUCAAUGGUAUGGACUUAAUCAGUUUGUCUAAAGUGAGCACAACUUGGAAGAAGAUUCUAGAAAAUGAUAAGUGGGCAUUCCAGUCUUAUGAGAAGGCAAUGAAAAGAUUCUUUGAAAACAAGAUAAAGUUUUCACCACACGCUUCAACCAGAGAAUAUGUUACCAUCCGAACUGCGUUAGCUUCUGUUCAAAAGUCAGCAAUCCAAGCUCCUUCCAGAAACACUCAAGCCAAAUUAUCCAGUCAAGGCAAUCAGAAAGGUUCUACUCACAGUCGACACAGUGAAUUUUCUGAGAUGGCCAAAACAUUGAAAAAGAAUGAAAGCCUCAAAGCCUGUGUUCGGUGUAAUUCACCUGCAAAAUACGAUUGCUAUUUACAACGUGCAACUUGCAAACGGGAAGGCUGUGGAUUCGAUUAUUGUACACAAUGCCUAUGUGAUUAUCACAUCACCAAAGACUGUUCAAAUGGCAAGCUCUUAAAAGACUCAUGUAAAACUGGCCCUUUACCCGGUACUAAAAAAAGCAAAAAGAAUUUACGAAGAUUGUGACCGCUUAUUAAAACAAUUAUGAAUGAUCAUGGUUAGAGAAAAAAUUAGGUUUUAUUUGUUUUUAUGAAUAAAAAUAAUGGUAUUUUGCAGUUUUAUAUUAUACUUGGGAUUUAUUUUCUCCCAGUAAAUAGAGGGUACACACACACAACCUCUUAAAAUAUUUUACAAUUUAAUGUGAAGGAAUUUAAAAUACCUCAGUACAGACUGAAAAUAUCAACUAUUUUAAGAAAAAGAAAAAACAGGGUUGCUACCUGAUAUAAUAAAGAACUGAUUAAAUGUUACAGGAAAAGAAGACAAUGAAAUUUCAUCUAGACAAUCUGGUUUACUAUCUUAGCAUUUUAUUGGUUUUACCAGAUCAAUAUUAUCCUAAAACGAACUUGUCUAUGUCUUUGUCACUUUUCUUGAACCUUUUUUUCCAGUGUGUAUAUUUCCCCAAAACUUACCCUUGCUAAAAUCUUGCUGUUUUUCCUACUUCUACAGCCUGUUUAUAUUUUUAUGUGUGUAAAUAUUUUUGUAUUUUUAUGUUA